GCAUCAGAGCGCCACUUCUCCCCAGGUUCACCAGAGGAAACACCACUGCACACAAUGCUUUUCCUCCCAGCUGCUGCUCUGUGCUGUCUGUGUUCAGCGCUGGUUGCCAUGGCAGCAGAGCCGAUUAAGAAUGAUUUAACAUUGACCAGGAGAGUUGGUGACAAAGUUUCCUUCAGCUGUCAAAGAAUUGACCAGUGUGGCAGUUAUGAUGUACACUGGUUCCAGAAGAGAGACACAGAAACAUUUAGAUGGAUUCUGCAUAUUGAUAUGAAAUAUUGUGAAGUAGAUUCACGUUUCAAUCAGCCUCAUGAAGAUGAAUUCUCAGCUGUGUUUAAUCGGAACGACUGUGAGUUGGAGAUCCAGAACGUUAAACUCAGUCAUUCAGCCUCCUACUACUGCUUCUGUAGAGGAUAUCUCCACAGACUAUACGUACCCAACGCCUUUGGCUCUGGAACUAAACUGUAUGUAACAGAUGAGCCGGUAGUGAAGCCCGUGGUGACCGUGUACCCAGCAGCAUCCAGAGCCCACCCUGAGGGGAAGAGCUCCCUGCUGUGUCUGGCCUCAGCCAUGUUUCCUCCUCUGGUCCAGUUCUCCUGGAAAAGACGGAAGGAGAACGGUCCUCUGGAGGAGCUGCCCCCUGCUGUGGGAGAGCAGCUGGAGCUCAGAGAGUCGGGACGCACCGCCGCCAUCUUGCUGAUCCAUCAGCGAGAGAACAGCACGUAUAAAUACCGCUGCUACGUCCGGCACGAGGGAGGCACAGUGGAGGCCCAAACAGACCAAGAGGUUCCAGCUCCAGCAGACUCUGGUCUUCCAGAGAGAGAGCCAGCACACCUGUCAGCUCUGGAGCAAGCUGACUGUAAGAUCACAUGCUGCCUCUCCUUCAACCACCAUGUUUCCUUCAGCACUUCAGUGUCAGUGUCCUUUCAGUCUCAGUGCAAGGUGACGCUGCUCUGUGUGCUGUACACAGUGCUGAUAGUGAAGAGUCUGGUGUACUGCUGUGGACUCUUUCUGCUGAUGAUACUCAGAAACAAGGGUCCGUCCACCAACUGCACACAUGCUGACUGACUCGCCUUUUCUCAACAUCAAAUCUCAUCAGUUCAUCUCAUUCAUCAUUUUGAUAACUAUUCACAAAUAUCAAUUAUGACGUGUUGACGUUGUAAAAUUUUUAUUUUUUUAUGAAGGUUAGAUACUGUCAUCCUAAAAAUAUAAAUACACACACACACACACACACAAUAUAUAUAUAUAUAUAUAUAUAUAUAUAUAUAUAUUCAGUUAUUCAGUACAAAUUUUGUGUAGUGUUAUUUUGAUGUUGUUUAUUUCCGCUUUUAAUUGUGACUUGUAUGACAUUAAGAUGAAUUCUUAGCUGUCUGAUAGAUAUUUGAUUGUUUACAGUUUUUUUGUGUUCUUGUGUUUCUUUUUAAUACAUUAUACAGUCAGAUUUGUCAAAUUCAUUCAG